AUUCCUGCAUUACAGUGGCAGUCAGCACUCACUCACACACACACACAUCCACACGCGCACACACACACAACAGGACAGGCAGGCCACUGCAGGGCAAAAGGAGCUCUCUGUCUUGAAUGUACAUCCCAGCAGUGGAAAGAUCAGCUCAGCCGCUGCAACUCGCCUCAAUGCAUCAAACUGUGGACUUUGCUAUGCUCUGUCUGCACCGGCGAGCCAGAUGAACACACACACUUCAGCCCACACUUUGCUCAGAGCCAAGGCAGGGAAGCUGUGGAUACCAGUACUCCUGUUUUUCCCGCUGGCCUUCGCGUAUGUUCCUGACACCUGCAGGAACUCUAUGAAGCAAGAGCACCUCAGCAUAUUAGACCGUCUGAUUGCAAAUCAGCUGGUAAACAGCUGUAAUAUCCGAUACAAAUUCAUAGAAGAAAGCCAGUUGAGCAAAACCUGCUUCGUUAAGGCUGUCUUUCCCAAGAUCCUUGAUCUUCUGAAUGACCACUUUAAAUAUGGAAAGAAUUCUAGCAAUGGGAAAGAUGUGCAAUUGCUGAAAGAUCUAAUAGGCAACAUUUACAAGAUAAGGUGUAUACCUCCAAUUGACUUGGAGAAAGAGGAUAAUCCUGAGAAAUUCUGGAAAGACUUUGACGAGCCACCACAGGCUGCUUUACGCCGCAUAAGGAGUGCAGCUGCCAUCUACCUGAACCUGCUAGCCACCUACAGGAAGGGUCCCAACUGGGAAUGCUCUGAGUAUGAUGCAGAGGUGCAAACAUUCACCACUGGAUCAGUCUCUUCCACCAGUACAACACCAUGCCGCUGCUCUUGCCCAGCUGUGCCUGGCGCUACAGCGUGGGAAUCUAUUGUACCCACUGCUGCAAGGCCAGGUCCUUCAAAUCCCUUUUUUGACGUGACAUCAAACCAGUCCCCUGAGACAUCAUCUUCCGAUUCUGAUUCUGAGGCAGCAGAACAACGCACACCAUGGAAAAGCAAUAUAGAUCCAGCUCGAAGGACUGUGGCAUCAAGUGGUACAAAGUUGCGAAAAAUCACUUCCUCUUGGUCUCCUUUCUCUUCUCAUCUUUAUGACAGCUCUUCUGGGUCUGUGGGACAUGAAGUGAAAGGUUUGAUUUUAACGAAAUGUCUUGGCUGCAGUUCAACUCAACAGACUUUGUCUACUGACUCUGAUGAUGUUGGCAACAGGGACUCUCCAUCUAUCUUUCCAGACUCUUCCAUGUUAUUCACAGCUUCCAGUGAAGAGUUAUUGUCUGAAAACUACCCAAGGAAGCCUACACACAGUCCUUCUGUGUCUGACAAACUGACAGUUAAAGGCCACCUAAUUCACUUUGCAUCUACAGUGGUGCAGAGGGAAGCAAACCAGGGUGAAGAUCACACACUUUUGAGCAUUACCAGCUCCUCAGAACAAGACCUUCAAAAAAUCUCUUCUGUAUCCCUAAUUUCCACUAAGGAUGAUCUGACCACUGUCACCCCAGACUUCGGUUUUCCUGAUGGCACUAUUCCCAGCCUGCAUGUGGUAAAGUCUCCUUCUGCUCAGAUUGUAAAGAGAUCAGUAGAUCCCCGAAUGGAUGUCUCUUCUGAAAUAAUUCAAGAUCAGAAAUCACCUGGAGUUGUUCCUUUCUUCCCAACAAGCUCAGAGGUGGGGCCUACCUCUGCAAAAGCUCUGCCAAAUACCAGGCUGGCGUAUAAAGAUGAUAAAAACAGCAAAAGGAAAGGCCUGGGACCUCUAUCUCAUUGGCCUGUGGAUGCUAGUGGCAGAGGACCAAAUUCACCAGAUAUUUUCAGAAAGCCACCAUCUGCCAGGAUACAAUCCAUUCUGAACAGUGGCCAAAAUAAUGUCCUAAACCUCUGGCCAGAAUAUGAAUCCAGCAGCCUGGCAAACCAUGAAGCUGAGAGAGGUCUCCGUGAAGGGUCCAGGGAAGAGCAAACUUCCUUCAAGAUGGCUUUUGUAGGACUGGCUGUGCUAUCCUGCCUGCUGCUCAUUGUGAUUGCAUAUCUUCUGGUAAAGAAAGGCAAGGAAAAGGAUCCAAGAGGGCAGCUUUACAAAGAACUGCCACUUACAAGCUGUGCAUAUGACACUGAGAUGCAACCAUUUUCUCCACUGGAUGGAGCAGACAACUCUGAAGUGCUAAGGAAAACAUCUGAGCGAACAAAUAAACAUCCAGAUAUGGAAAUUCCCACAAACAACCACUGAAAGAAACAGCAGAUGACAUGCUGACAUUGAUGGACUACUGACUAUCAAACUGUAAAUUUAAUAACAAUAUAUAUAUGCAUACAUCAUACAUAUGUUGCAUAUAGUUUUGAAAUAUAUAUAUAUUUAUAUUUAUAUAUACAAUUUUACAAUAGAGAUUUUUUUCUAAAAAUGUCUUUUUUAUUUUUUUGGGGUGGAAGAUUUUUUUUUUCAUUGCACAGCUGAGUGUGGGAAAUUUUCUGGACUUUCCAGCUUAAGCACCACAGAUAAAACAAAGACUUUUUUGUUAUUUUUAUUUUUUUCAUUUCUUAAGAAUGUAAAGACUUAAACUAACUGGGACAUCAACCUUCAAUAGACAGAGGCAAAACAAAACCAAAACCAACUAGCGGAAAACAGAAUAGCUUUUUGGAUAAAGAAUAGGCCUACAGAAGAAAAAAUAUUUGCAUUUUUUUUUCAGAAGAACAAUCAGCAAGCUGGGCAAAGGAGCAAAACAAAUCCCACAAGUAGGCCGUGAGGAGAGCCUAAUGGGCAGACGUCCAGGUCAGCCUCUCCAAUCAUGUGACAUAAGCGAUGAAGAACAGAGGCGAUUCAUUGAAUUUGUCCAUCUCUAGAUUUGUAGCAAUUUUUUUGCCAAGUCUCAUUUUUGGCCUUAGCUUUUUUAGGUGAACUUUGCUGCAGUGCAGUAAAAUGUAUGUGGGUUUGUGUGAGGCUGGCAUUGCUGGCAGACUUACUGUUCUGCUUACCUGGCACAUCAAAAGGCUUGGCUUCCCGUCUCUUGGCUGGUUAACAGCAGAGUAAAGAAUGAGAAAAGAUGUAUUCAACUUAAUAUAUUUUUAUAUUGCCAGAUUUGUAGAAUUUCAAAUGCUACUGCAAUAAAUAUAUAAUUAU